AUCAACAUGGCGGACAACAAAGCGCAGGGACUGGGGUGAGACGAGCGGAACACAGCGCCAUGGACCAGCUUCACAACUCCCACGAAGGCUAUAACAACAACAACAACAGCCCGUACAACCACUACCCGAACUACCGACCCGGAUACGGGACCAGUGGUUACGGAGGCAUGAUGAGUCCCUCCCGCCAGGGGAACAGCCUGCUGGGCCCGAGCUCAAACCACAGCAAAGCGGCUAUGACUGCUGCCAGCUCCCCGGCUGGAGGUGGAGGCGGCAGCGGCGGAGGAUUUCAGCGAUACACCGGGCAGCAGCAGCCGCCGCAGCCACCCGGAGCUACACCGACUCUGAACCAGUUAUUAACGUCUCCGAGUCCGAUGAUGCGCGGUUAUGGAGGCGGAUAUUCAGACUUUAAUCACCCCUCCUCCGCUCAGCAGCAGCAGCCGAGCAUGGGGCCGGCUAAAGAUACAGGCUCCCAGUACGGCUCGGCUGCUCACGGCUGGGGGGGACAACAAAUAACUCACCCGGCGUUGAGCCCGGGGAACACCGGGCAGGGCGGCGGUAGGUCCCAGGUGCCGCCCAUGGACCCGAUGUCGAUGAAGCGCUCUCAGCUCUACAGUAUGAGCAACAACCCAUACUCGCAGCAGCAACAACAGGGGGCACCUUAUCCUGGCCAGUCCUAUGGCGCCCCCUCCCCCCACAGAUACCCGAUGGGAAUGCCCAGCAGGGGGCAAAUCGGGAUGGGACCGAUGCAGUACCCUCAGCAACAGAUGAGCUCUCAGUACUCGCAGCAGCAGCAGCAGCAGCAGCAGCAGCAGCAGCAGCAGCAGCAGGGUUACUGUCAGCCGGGUCAGCCUCCGUACUUCAGCCCGCCUCAGCAGCAGCAGCCCGCCGCCCCAAGCCAGCCACCAUACAUGCAGCCCCGCCCACUGCCUCAGCAGGAGGCGCCACAGGAGGCGUACGCCGGCCGCGGUCAGUCUGCUGCUAUGACUCCUGGGAAACCAAACCAUGAGGAGAUGAGUCAACAGGAGAGGCCAUCCAGCCUCCCUGAUCUUUCCGGGUCCAUUGACGACUUGCCCACAGGUACUGAGGCUGUGGUGAGUUCAGGGGCGUCGGGAUCUGGGAGUAUUCAGGGCGAUCAAGGAACUCCAGCUCGCUCUCCUUUCUCGCCCCACGUGUCACCCCGACACCCUCCGCCCGCUCACUCGGGGCCCUCGCCGUCCCCCUCGCUGUCCCCCGCCGGCUCCAGCAGCCAAUCACGAUCAGGACCUUUGUCCCCGGCCACCAGUGGACCAGGAGCUCAGCUGACCCCUCAGGUCCCAGGUCCUGGAUCAGAUGUUGGUCCUCAGGACAGAGGUUUGUCGUCUUCCAUGCAGCGUAGCGCUGCAGGGCCUCAGUUUGGCCCCCAGCAGUCGGCACCGCCCAUGUCCCCUCACCCGCCAAUGGGGGGCGCCGUGCACCACGGCUCCUACCAACAGGGCAGCUCAUACGGCCAGUAUGGCCCCCCAGGUAACUACCCCUGCCCCCCCAACUACAGCGGCCCCAGCCCGGGCCUGGCCAACAGCCUGGGGCUGAAUGCCAGCAGUCCGAUGCACGGUCAAGGUCCGUCCACUCCAGCAGGUCGUGGUCCCGGGCCUGGAGCUGGGGGGCGGUCCUACCCCGCCGCAGGGAGUGCCAUGGCCCCCACCUCCCCAGGUAUGCCACAGCCCGCUGGUCAGGGCAUGAGGCCUCCGGGGCCCAACACCGGCCGCAAACCACUCGAUGUCGGCCCGAGCACCGGGCCCGGUGCCAACUCCUCACCCACGUUCUCAGCCGGAGCUCAGAACAGACAGGGCAGCAGCUUCCCGACCAUGACAGCAAUGGCAGGGAUGGGCCCCGGGGCCGCCGGAGUCCCCACAGGUCCCUACAGCCAGCAGCAGCCGGGCAGUAACUCUGGAAGGAUGACGCCACAGGGGCCCGUCCUCAGCCAGCAGGGGGCCCCCUUCUAUGCCCCGCCCUCAGGUUCCAUGAUGAUGUCAGCAGAUGUGAUGGCUGCUCAUCAAGACACCAAGCAGAGGGCGGAGCUCAGUAAAGAGGGUGUGGCCUCUUCAACAGAACCACCCAAACCCAAGAAACCCAGUGUGGCCACCAUGACCAGCGAGAAGAUCACGCGGCUGUACGAGAUGGGCUCUGAGCCUGAGAGGAGGCCAUGGGUCGACCGCUACCUGUCCUUCAUGGAGGAGCGAGGGAUGGCCCUCCCACACCUGCCCGCCGUCGGCAAGAAGCCACUGGACCUGUGUAGACUCUACCUGUCCGUCAGAGACAUCGGGGGACUGGCCAUGGUGAAUAAGAAUAAGAAAUGGAGGGAGCUGUCGUCACUGCUGAGUGUGGGGACGUCCAGCAGCUCGGCCAGUUCCCUGAAGAAGCAGUACAUCCACUACCUGUUUGCCUAUGAGUGUCAGGUGGAGCGUGGGGAGGAGCCUCCACCUGAGGGGCCGGCCCCCAGCGGGGACGCCAAGAAACCAACGUCACUGCAGGCCAAGAUCCAGCCCCCGUCCCCAGCCAACUCCAGCUCCCUGCAGGGGCCCAACACUCCUCAGUCCAGCAGCAGCUCCCUGACCGAGGCCCCCACGGACCUGAAGCCCCCAACCCCGGCCUCCACACCACACGGCCAGAUAGGCCCCCAGCCCGGAAACAGGACCAUGGUGAGCGUCCAGGACCCGUUCUCUGAAGGCAGCGAUCCGGCAUUCCACAGUAAGAGAGGGGCGGGUCCUGGAGGGGCCCCCUACCAGCAGGGAGGAGGUCCAGCAGAGUCCCCGAUGAGGAUGCAGUACGAUGCCAACAAAGACCCAUACGGAGGAGUGAGGAAAGAUCCUGGACCUGGCGAGGCCUUCGGUCCCAGUCAGAUGCCCGGCGGGUCCAUGCAGGACAUGUAUCCACGCGGGAUCGGACCCAGACCCCAGUACUCGUACGGACCCGGGUUCGAGCGCAGACUGGACCACGUGAUGGGACCAGAGGGAGGCACGGCGCCCCCUGUGGGUCAGAGUGGGAACGAGGCUGGCAUGUUCCCGUCCAGCAGGUUCCCGCAGCAGAGACACGACGCCUACGCGCAGCAGUUCCCUCACAACAUGGCCUACACUUCCCAUCAGCCCCUGUUUCCUCAGCAGCAGGGCUACAAGCGACCGACAGACGGAAUGUUCCCGCCCUCUAAGCGCCAUGAGGGGGAGGGGUUUGGCGCGCAGCAGUACGGCGCUCAGCAGCCCGACAUGUUCGGCCCGUCGUAUGGAGGAGGGGGAGGAGCCGGGGGAGGGGCUUACCUGGGUACUGAGCGACGGCCGGUCCAGGGUCAGUAUCCGUAUUCGUGCGGCCGUGAGCGCCCGCCUCCGCAGCACGUCCUGCUGGGCUCAGGACCCCCAGUGUCCGGGGGCCACGGGGAGGGGCCCCAGGCAAACAUGUGGCCCCCCAGGACAGACCUGAGCUACACCUACAACAGGGGUCUGAACCGAGGGGAGGAGCCGGAGAGCCAGUGGCCCCCCGGUCACCUGGGCCAGCGCCAGCCCCCCUACCCCCCCCCACACUCCACCUCCUCAUCAUCAUCACCGUCCAUGCCCUCCAGACCACCCCUCUCCUCUUUCCAAGCCACACCCACUGUCCCUAACCACCUGACCCGCUCUCACAGCCCCUCCUCCUUCCCCCGGCCCAUGGGCGGUUCUCUGUCCCCAAACAGCGCCCCCUACCUGCCCUCUGUGAAGAAACCGGCACUUCCUGCUGUAGGCCCCCUGCCCACCCACAGCCUGCCCCCCCUCAUCAACAGAGACUUCAGUUUCCCGCCUGGCUCUGUGGAGGCCACGCCCCCCAGAGUUAAGCCACGGCGCCGACUCACCGCCAAGGACACAGGAACGCCGGAGGCGUGGCGAGUGAUGAUGUCACUGAAGUCCGGCCUCUUAGCAGAGAGCACGUGGGCCCUGGACACGAUCAACAUCCUGCUGUACGACGACAACAGUGCAGGCUCAUUCACCCUCUCACAGCUUCCUGGUUUCCUUGAACUCGUCGUGGAGUUCUUCCGUCGAUGCCUGAUCCAAAUCUUCGGUCUCCUGGAGGAGUACGAGGUGGGAGGAGCUGAGGGCCAGGGCGCACUGUUGGUGCCUCAGCCCCACCCCCCUCAACAGCAGGAGGCGGGGCUAAAGGAGACAAAUGACCGAUCAGCACCGGAGUGGGUGAGGAGUUCAGAGGAGGCGUCUCCACGUCACACGAUGUCUAUGACCACCGAGGAGGCGGAGUGUGCGGAGCUCCGCCCUCCACAGGCCAGCAAGUACGACAAACUACCAAUCAAAGUGGAGGAGAAGGAGGAGGCGUGGCAGGAGGUGGAGGAGCGCUGGGCGGAGCUUAGCAGACCCAAUGGCUUCAUCAGUGGCCUCCUGCACUGGAGGGCAGGGGGCGGAGACUCCACCGCCCACAUCCAGACUCACUUUGAGCCGCGCACACUAGACUCUGCGCCCCCAGACCCUGCGCAGAGGAGAGAGGAGAGGGAGCAAGGAGACGAGGACAGGGAGGAAGAGGCCGGAGGUCAAAGGUCACUCAGUCAGCUGGAGGAUGAGCCGCGCUGCUGGGACGCGGCGCCACUGUCCACGGCCGAGUCGUGGCAGGACUCGCUGUCUCGGCGCUGCGUGUGCGUCUCCAACGUGCUGCGCGGCCUCUCCUUCGUCCCCGGCAACGACGGCGCAAUGUCGCGACACCCGGGCCUGGUGCUGAUCCUGGGCCGCUUGGUGCUGCUGCACCACCACCACCCGCGCCGCAGACGCACGCCGCCCUCCUACCAGCAGGAGGCGGAGCGCGGCCUGGCGUGCAGCCGCGACGAGUGGUGGUGGGAGUGUCUGGCGGCGCUGCGGGAGAACGCGCUGGUGACGCUCGCCAACAUGUCGGGUCGGCUGGACCUGUCGCUAUAUCCGGAGAGCGUGUGUCUGCCGCUGCUGGACGGGCUGCUGCACUGGCUGGUCUGUCCGGCCGCCGAGGCGCAGGACCCAUUUGCGGCGGCGGGGGGCGGUCCCUCGUCGUCACUGACGCCACAGCGGCUGGUGCUGGAGUGUCUGUGCAAGCUGAGCAUCCAGGACGCUAACGUGGACCUGCUGCUCGCCACGCCGCCAUUCAGCCGGCAGCUUGAGGUCUUUGGUGCGCUGCUGCGACUCAUCGGCGAGAGGCGGAGUCAGGUGUGUCGGGAGAUGGCGGUGGCUGUCCUCGCUCACCUGGUGCAGGGUGACGCGGCGGCGGCACGGGCCGUGGCCCGGCUGAAGGGCAGUGUGGGAACUCUGAUCGGUUUUCUGGAGGACAGUGUUGCCGUGGCGCAGUACCACCAGAGUCCACACGGCGCUCUGCAUGCCGCUUCCGCACCGCCGCCGGAGCCACCCAGCGUCAACAUGAUGUGCCGUGCCGCCAAGGCCCUGCUCGCCAUGGCGACGGUGGAGGAGAACCGGGCGGAGUUUGUGGUGCACGAGAGUCGACUGCUGGACGUGUCGCUGUCGGCGGCGCUGAGCUCGUCUGUGGCGUCCGUCAUGUUUGAGGUGCUGUUCAAACUCAGCCGCUCGUGACAUGCCCACACCGCAGCAGUAGGCUCCGCCCACCAGAUAAACUCUGCUAUUCUAUUUUUAUUUAAAGAACGGAACAAAGUUUGUACGUACAAAUGAAUCUAUAUAGAAUCUAUACGGCUCCGCCCACAAAUGUUUAUUUGGGAUUUUGAAAUAAUUUUAAUACGGAAAAUAUUUAAUACUUGUAUUUUAGAUUUUUUUAUUUCUGUUUUGUUUUAACCGAAGUGUAACGGUGGCAAGUGCUGGAGUCCCGCCUCCUGUAGGUGUGUUCCUGUGUGAGGGUCAGUUGGAUGUGGGGGGUGGGGUCUUGUGCAAUAGCUUGUUUUAUUUAAUGUGAAUCAUCAUGUCAGUAUUUUUGUCAAAUAACAGCAAGGGGCGGGGUCACCUGUUUUAAAAUUAACUUCUUCUGUGUCCUCCACCAAUCAGAUCUGAGGCUCCUCCUCCUGUAAAUAGACGACGCCCUCACAUGUCCACUUUUAUGUCCAAGAGAAAAACCACCUCAGUUUCAGGAGCGCUUGAUUUGUCUGACUGUAUGUACAGAAGUGUUUGGGGGCGGGGCUCAGGUCAGCAAAUUUAGAAGCAAUUAUAAUAAAUAUGAAGAAAAAAGACA